GUUAGGCUAGGCCCUGUAUUGUUAGUGUCGUUUACAUACAUAUUAUAAUUUAAUUGGUAGUUUUAAAUCUAUUGGAAUGGCCAUAAACAGGUAUAUUUAAGUUAACUGAUCGAUAUAAAAAAAACUACAUGCUUUAGUAAAGGUUGACGUCGUAGGCUACACAUACGAAAUAGAAGACCUGCCUUGCUCCAGAGACUAUUUUAAAUAAAGGAUUGAGAAUAAGAGUAGCCUGUUAGGAUUUUACUGGAACAUAUUUAUAUUUUCUGUGUUCACCAAAAACCUAAAUAAAGAAUCAUGCAGAGUUCGCCAGUUACGCCCACCUACUUCAGAAGCAAAACAAUGCCGCAAAUGGAACAAACAAUGGUUAUAACAAAGGAAACUAGGAAAAUGCGAGAUAGUCUUUUUUGGGGAUUCAUUAAUGCUGCUAUUCUCUCUGUGAUCGCUUAUGAUAUAGUUUACUCCUGUCCGCUGUAUUCUCCGACUGCACACAUGAUAGAACGCACCAUUGCUGUCAUUCUUGUCCUCAACACUCUGUUUCACUUUUGCCGUUACUUCUGGACAUAUUUGACCCUACAGCCUGUGGCUUUGUCGCCUCGGCAAAAAACACUUCUGGGUAUUAAAGAUUCAGACAACUACUUCAAGACAGCAACGUCCACGCCAGUCAAGCCUCCACAGCAGGUGUAUGAUUCUCCAACAACUCCACUGAACAUGUCUACCAACAGCUGGCUCUCCAGCUCUGUAGUCUCUCACUGCGGCGACCCCAAUGAGAGUGUGAUGUCAGGCAACCUGAACAACUCAUCAGGAUUGUCUUGGCUGUUUCACAACAAGUUGUCCCCGUCGCUGGCCUAUGAAACAUCCAUUCUUCCCACGUCUGAGAUCAUCCAGGACGAGUCUUCGCUCAACCAGUAUCUUAAGGAGUAUGAAACUCUCGAGAGAAGUUCUAUUGUGGAGACCAGUAUGGAACAGCCUUCCAACAUGCUGAGUGGGUUCUGGUGUCACCCUGCGUCUCGGACAACCACUGAAGUGUCACCACUGCUGCGUAGAUGUACCUACCAGAUGUCUAUCUCUCCAGCACAGACCCAGAGUGGAGUGGGUACAGGGGAUGAGACUGGGUCUCCCUCAUCAUACCAACAUGCAGAUGUGUGGCGACGGACUAAGAUAAACCCAACGGUGUUGACAGAGUGGACGGCCAAUCUGCGAAUGUGGAUCUCUCAGACCAUCCUAGGCAGGUUAGUCAGUGAGAUGAAGCAGGUAGACGCGGCUCUUCACGCCCAAGGUCUGGUUGACGUGACGGUGGGAAUGGUCGGACUGGAGCGGCUCAAGAAGACUGCUCAGAUACCUCAGGUGGUGCUGAAUGUACCCAGUCUUGCAAGACUCGUGCCUUUCCUUGAGAUCUCCCAGAACCAGGAGUACGUUGUGUCCAGGAUCAAAGAGCUGGCCAGGGGAGGGUGUAUGAGUGAAUAUCAUUGGAGCAGUGGAGGUAUGUGGGAAGGCAAGGAGUGGACACCAGCACUGCCUACUGACUCGGCUCUCGUGUUACAUCUGUUGGCCACCUACCUUGACUGCCAACUGCCUCAGACGUCACUGCCUGACACUCGCCCAUUCUCCUCCCAACAUCUGGUGAAGCAGCCGAAUAAACCACACCCAGGACAGUUGUGUAUUGUAGAGACAUCUAGUCAGCCUCCCAACUACAUUUUGCAAACUAAGACUGACACUUUCCACACUCCCAAGGGAAGAAACAAUCUGUUCUUCACGAUAUUGCUGUUUCUUCACACUGUGAACACCAAAGAUCAUGGAAUCCUAGGCCGCAUCAAUUUAGGAAGAUCGGGAGUGAAUAUGCUUUGGAUCAUAGACGAUGACAGCUAAACCAACACAAACUACAUGGCUGAAUAAAUCAUAAUAUGAAACCUAAUGUGUUCUUGACUUUUAUUAUAAUUAUAAGUAUAUUUAGUACAUGAAGUGAUUUACUUUGGUAAUAUUGUAACAAUUUGAAGUGAUUUACUAUUGUAAUAUUGUAACCACUCGUAUUUGAGCUAACAAUUUCUGUUCCAUUAGUUUAUGACAAACUUGAAUGAAUUGUGACUUCAGGACAAUUCAUAUGUUAAUGUAUUAUUUUUUUAUGUGGUUAGUAUUUACUUUAUAAAUAUUGUAUAUAGUAAUGUUAGGUUAAGAUUUGUAUUUUAUUUGGCAGUGUAUACAAUUUUGUAUGUUGAAUAUAUAGUUUUCUAGCUGUUUCUAUUAAAAUUCUUUUUUUAUAAUGUAAUAAUUUUGUAGUAUUUUUUUGUGGACGUGUAGGCCUACAAUCUUACUAAACAGUUAGCCAGUAACACAAAUGCAGUUGUUUUCACUUUAAUUUAUGAUUGUAUUUUAACUGUGUAUUCACUUUCAAACUUUGUAAGAAAAUAUGUGUAUUUUGUUUCAUCUAACCAGUUUUUUCCUGUGGUUUUUCCCAACAAAUUUUGUACAAUGUAAGAGAAUAGAUAAGACUAUAUUAGUCUAGCAACUGUGAUUAGUUUCCCAUUUCCAUCAAUACUUGGAUUUAACCUAAUCUAUAACGUAUUGUUUAGUGUUUUAAAGACUUAUGUGGAAAAGACAUGUGGACCAAAUAAGAAGAUUGUAAAUAUAUGAAGAAAAAUAAAGGGGGAGGAUUGCUAUACCAGCUAAUCAUAAAUUACUUCUAUGCUUUAUAAUAUCUGUAGGAAAA